AUGGAGAUGAAAAUAUACGGAUAUAAUACGCACGUGGAUGCACAGCCACUGUUGUCGGUGGGAAGUUGGGAAGGCAGGAUACAGACGGGAAUUCAGUGUAUAACUGGAAGCGAUAACGAUAAACCACUGUUAACGGAAAACCGAUUCUUAACGCAGAGUUCAUUUGAUAUAGUGUGGCAGUGUCAAAAGUAUAUUUGUAAAUGUUACGGUUAGAUAAUUAUAACAAAAUGCGUUUCCAUGACAAGAAUGACUGUUUAAAAAAAUCUAAAUAAUAACAAAAAAUAUAGACGGUUGCCAAUGACAACCUUAUUUUUAAUUUCCAAUCUAAUUUCACCUAAAGAACAAUGUUUUCGUCAUUAUCCCGGAUAUUUAUGAGAAUUUCAAAAAAGACCUACAUAAAAUACCAAAAAAGGAAAUUUGUUUUUCAUAAAAGGUGCUAUACUUGAUAAUCGGAGUAAGCUUUCUGGUAGAACAAGUUUUCAAGAGGGAAAAAAAAUAAUAAUUAUAAUAAACAUUAUCGUAAAACCAAUACAAACUUCGCUAAACUCGGAGUCUAAAAUUAAAUAUUAGAGUACCAAAUAGUUUAUGCAUUUCAAUACACGCGUUUUGCUUGACGAUAUUUUCGUUGUUGUACUUCAGCAGAGUAUAAUUUAGAUAUUUACAAGAGUACUACUACGAAGUCGUUUAAAAAAUAUUACAUAGAAUUUCGAUUUUCGUUUUGGUGUACAUAAUAAAAUAUGCUUCAUUAAGUACCAACCGAAAGUAAUAUAUUUUACUCGGGUAGUUGUUUCGUAUUGUUUUUAUGAAAUAGAUUGUUCCAGAUGAUAAUUUAUACGCCUCAAGAUAUAAAAAAAGCCGAUAUUGUUGAUGAAUGUGCCAGUGUUUUACGAGAAGAGUUGGAAGGAAGUAUGUAUAAAGUAAUUCAAUGUAUGUCUCUACGUAACCGUUAA